AUGAGACUCAACCUUUCUGGUAAAGACUUAGCCUAUAGGUUUGGUGGAAUUCAUGAGGCAACUGUUUCCAGAAUUUUUAUUCAAAUGAUGGAUAUUCUACAUAGCAGGCUUUGUCCACUUAUCCAUUGGCCUGAUCGAGAAGCUUUAUUACAAACAAUGCCCAUGGAUUUUCGCAAGAACUGCCCAGCAUGUGCUGUGAUAAUUGAUUGUUUUGAGAUUUUCAUCGACCGUGCAUCUAAUCCUUUAGCCAGGGCAAAGACAUACUCAUCAUACAAACACCAUAACACUGUCAAGUAUUUGAUAGGAAUUACUCCCCAAGGUAGUUUAAGCUUCAUAUCUGAUGGAUGGGGUGGUCGUGUCAGUAACAAACACUUAACAGAAGAAUGUGGUCUUCUAGAAAAGCUUACCCCAGGGGAUGUAAUUCUAGCUGACAGAGGGUUUGACAUACAAGAAUCUGUUGGAUUGUAUUGUGCUCGUGUAAAGAUACCAGCUUUUACAAAAGGAAAAAAGCAAUUAAGCGGGAUUGAGGUGGAACAAGCUAGGAAGAUUGCUAAUGUAAGAAUCGAUGUGGAACGUGUAAUUGGCAAUAUUCGAAAAAAAUAUGGAAUCCUUUCUGCAACUCAACCAAUAGACUUUGUUGUUUCAAAAGGAGGAAAGACCACACUUGACAAAAUAGUAACAGUCAGCUGUGCUUUGAAUAACAUGUGUGAUUCAGUAGUCCUAUUUGAAUGA